AUGGACCCGACGCCUUCAGACGGAUUUGAGUCCAAGUCCUCGCGUGCGAAGGGCAUUGCCUUCCAUCCCAAGAGGCCAUGGAUCCUCGUGUCGCUACACUCGUCGACUAUCCAACUAUGGGACUACCGCAUGGGCACACUUAUAGACCGCUUCGAAGAACACGAUGGGCCGGUCCGCGGCGUCGACUUCCACAAGACGCAGCCAUUGUUCGUGUCUGGCGGUGACGACUACAAGAUCAAGGUCUGGUCCUACCAGACUCGGCGAUGUCUCUUCACAUUGAACGGCCACUUGGACUAUGUCCGGACCGUCUUCUUCCACCACGAGCUCCCGUGGAUAGUGAGCAGCUCCGACGACCAGACCAUUCGUAUAUGGAACUGGCAGAAUCGCUCGUUGAUAUGUACCAUGACUGGCCACAACCACUACACCAUGUGCGCGCAAUUCCAUCCAAAGGAAGACCUCAUCGUUUCCGCCUCGCUCGAUCAGUCGGUUCGUGUCUGGGAUAUCUCUGGGCUCCGGAAGAAGCACUCUGCACCACAAGCCAUGUCCUUUGAGGAUCAGAUGGCACGCGCGAACCAAAACCAGGCGGAUAUGUUUGGGAACACGGAUGCGGUCGUCAAGUUCGUUCUUGAAGGCCACGACCGAGGUGUGAACUGGGUCGCAUUCCACCCUACACUACCAUUGAUCGUUUCCGCUGGUGACGAUCGCCUCGUGAAGCUGUGGAGGAUGUCAGAGACAAAGGCAUGGGAAGUUGAUACCUGCCGAGGGCACUUCCAGAACGCGUCUGCGUGUCUGUUCCACCCGCAUCAAGAUUUGAUACUGUCUGUUGGAGAAGACAAGACGAUUCGUGUAUGGGAUCUCAACCGACGAACCUCCGUGCAGUCUUUCAAGCGUGAGAACGACCGCUUCUGGGUCAUCGCGGCGCAUCCCGAGAUCAAUCUGUUCGCUGCCGGUCACGACAAUGGUGUAAUGGUAUUCAAGCUGGAACGUGAGCGACCCGCAUCCGCCGUCUACCAGAACAACCUUUUCUACAUCACCAAGGAGAAGCAUGUCCGGUCUUAUGACUUCCAGAAGAACAUCGAGUCCCCAUCGAUGCUGUCUCUUAAGAAGCUUGGAAGCGCUUGGGUACCUCCACGAACGCUGUCCUACAACCCUGCCGAACGCUCCAUUCUCGUCACGUCUCCAGCCGACAGUGGAACAUACGAGCUGAUCAGCCUUCCACGCGACGCAUCAGGAGCAGUGGAACCGACAGAUACUAAGCGGGGCUCCGGUAACUCUGCUGUCUUCGUGGCUAGGAACCGAUUUGCCGUCUUCAACCAGUCGAACCAACAGAUCGACAUUAAGGAUCUCAGCAACUCGACUACCAAGACCAUCAAGCCCCCGCACGGAACCACCGACAUCUACUUCGGCGGCACUGGCAAUCUGCUCUUGAUCACCCCUACCUCGGUUGUACUCUACGACAUUCAGGCCAAGAAGAACCUUGCUGAGCUUUCUGUCAAUGGCGUCAAGUACGUCGUAUGGUCGUCCGAUGGACUGCACGUCGCAUUGCUGAGCAAACACAACGUCACCAUCGCGACAAAGAACCUGGAGCAAGUCAGCACUCUCCACGAGACAAUCCGCAUCAAGAGCGCAAUUUUCGACGACACUGGUGUCCUUCUCUACUCCACACUGAAUCACAUCAAGUACAGUCUGAUGAACGGCGACAAUGGAAUUGUACGCACGCUCGAGCAGACAGUAUAUCUGGUGAGGGUUAAGGGCCGCAACGUGUACUGUCUUGACCGUGCUGCGAAACCGAAGAUCCUCCAGAUUGACCCCACCGAGUACCGAUUCAAGCUUGCCCUGGUCAAACGCAACUAUGAUGAGAUGCUCAACAUCAUCAAGACUUCCAGUCUGGUUGGACAGAGCAUCAUUUCUUAUCUCCAGAAGAAGGGCUAUCCCGAGAUUGCUCUUCAAUUCGUGCAAGAUCCUCAGACGCGGUUCGAGCUCGCUAUCGAAUGCGGAAACCUGGAGGUGGCAGUCGAGAUGGCCAAGCAGCUUGAUCGACCGAAGCUCUGGCAACGAUUGAGCAACGAAGCUCUCGCGCAUGGUAACCACCAAACUGUGGAGAUGACCUACCAAAAACUGCGCAAUUUCGACAAGCUAUCCUUCCUGUACCUCACCACUGGAGACCAGGACAAAUUGAAGCGUAUGGCUAAAAUUGCAGAGCACCGUGGUGACAUGACGGCACGAUUUCAAAAUGCUCUCUACCUAGGAGACGUUCAGAACCGGAUAGAAAUGUUCCAGGAGCUUGACCUGUACCCCCUCGCGUACGCCACGGCCAAAGCUCAAGGUCUUGACGAGCAAGCACAGUCGAUACUGGAAGCUGCCGGGGUUUCAGAAGAGCAGAUCAAGCUUCCCUCGAUAGGUGCACCUCUUGCACCUCCCAAGCCUAUUGUACCUACGCACAAGACGAACUGGCCAACGCGCGCAGCGUCUUCGACUGUGUUCGAGAAGGCUCUCCAAGGCGAGGUCGAGGGCGUUGGAUCCGAUGAGCCAACAGCGAACGGCUUCGGCGACGAAGAUCUUCUGGGCGAUGCUGAGCCCACUAGUGCCGCGGCUGAGCUUGCAGGUGACGAAGAUGACGAUGUUGGUGGGUGGGACAUGGGUGAUGACGGAGACGUGGAGGCAGAGGAUGAUUUCGUUGAAGUUGAGGGUGCUGAAGCAGGAGCCGGAAGCAGCGAAGCAGACUUCUGGGCACGCAACUCACCUUUGGCAGCCGACCACAUUGCUGCAGGUUCAUUCGAUACUGCUAUGCAGUUACUAAACCGACAAGUCGGUGCUGUCAACUUCGAGCCUCUCCAGGACCGCUUCCAGGAGAUCUACCAAGCGACACGGACAUACCUGCCAGCUACACCAAACAUGCCGUCGCUAGUCAACUACGUACGGAGAACAGUAGACGAGACAGACUCGCGCAAGAUCCUGCCCAUUAUUCCCCGCGACCUGGAGUCGAUAUUGUCGACUGACCUCACCGCCGGCAAGCAGGCUCUCAAAGAGAACAAAUUGGAGGCAGGUAUUGCUGCUUUCAGGAAGCUGCUACAGCUCAUCAUGGUCAACGUCGUCUCGUCGCAAGCAGAGUUGUCUGACGCUAAGAAGGCAAUCAACACGGCUACGCAAUAUAUACUUGCCAUGUCUAUCGAGCUCGAAAGGCGCAAGCUUCUCAACGGCGCUACCGACGUCUCCGCCCUAUCUGAUGCAGACAAGAAACGCGCUCUGGAGCUGUCUGCUUACUUCACCAUCCCCGAGCUUGAGGGUCCUCACAAAUCGAUCCCGCUUUCUGCAGCCAUGAACUUCGCCCACAAGAACAAGCAGCUUAACACAGCGCUGAACUUCGCCAACGCAUUGCUUGACCGCACCGGAAACGCAAAGAUGAAGGAGGCGGCUAAGCGCGUCAAGACGAUUGCUGAGAGGAAUCCUAGCGACAUCAUCGAGAUUGACUUUGACCAAUUCGCCGACUUUGACAUUUGCGCUGCCAGCUUCACCCCUAUCUACAGCGGUAUGCCAUCGGUUACUAGCCCGUACAGCGGCGCCAAGUACCACGCGAGGUACAAGGGUACUGUUUGCAGGAUCGACGGCAUCACCCAGAUUGGUGCUCCUGCUAGUGGACUGAGGUUGGUAGGUUAG